UUUUGAUUCUUUUCUUUUCUUUAUUCUCUCACCGCCCAUGGAUCUUAUUCCUGAUAUAGUGUUUGAAAAACAAGAAGGCAAUUUGUGCGCACAACACGCUUUAAAUGCUUUGCUUCAAGGGAACUACUUUACGGCUGUUGAUUUGGCUCAACUUGGACGGGAACUAGAUCUCAAAGAAAGUAUGGUCCGUGGCCACUCAGUCUCAGGGGAAAACUAUGAUGAUUCUGGUUACUUUUCAAUUCAGGUGAUCCAACAAGCAUUAUCAGUAUGGGAUUUGGAAUUGAUUCCUUGGGCUUCUGAACAAGCAGUACAAGCAAGAACCACACCAGAAAACGAAUUAGCUUAUAUCUGUCAUUUACAUCAACAUUGGUUCACGUUACGAAAAUUUGCAGUGCCUUGGCGAUGGUACAACUUAAACAGCACACAAAAUGCACCAUCUUAUUUAAGUGAAACGUAUCUUGGUCUAUUAUUACAACAAAUCCAAAAUGAAGGUUAUUCUAUCUUUGUGGUGCGUGGCAUAUUACCCAAAUGUAUUGCAGAUGAAAAAGCAGCUUAUCUACCACGACCCAGUGUCCAAGAAAAAAAUAAGGCAUGUAUACCAUUCUCUGGAAAAGCAUAUCGACUGACAGAUACAGUGAGUGAAUCGGAAACAAGCAAUGGAUACCAUGACAAUGAUGAUGAACAACGGCAAUUAGCUCAAGCUAUCGAAGCAAGCUUACAAGAUUCAAGGCAACAGCAAAUGGAUGAUAUGCGACGGAAACGAUUAGCAAGAUUCGGAGGAUGAAGAAAUGGAAUUGUAGUUAGUACAUUUAUCUACUAGUAUAUUAUAUCAAAUAAAUGGGAUAGAAUGAUAUUACGCUUUAUGAUUUAGAUGAUG